AAAAACGUAAUGUUUAUAGAAUUUUGCAGGGUUACUUUGAACGGGGUAGCCCUGGGAAAAGUGCCGUUACAUCGAAUAAGUUUCUACUAUAAUAAUGAGUGCGCUUAGCUGUGUAACCUCGAAUGACGUUAUGGCAUUGCGUACUAUAUGUACGGUAGAGCCUAAUCCACAGUAUAAUAUUGAAGAAGUGGAUAUGUACGGAAAUACAGCUUUGCUCAAAUCUUGCUACCUAGGUAGAUUGGAAUGUGCACGUACAUUGCUAGAAUUCGGUGCAAAUAUUUACGCCGUCAAUUAUUUUGGCCAAAAUGCGCUAACGUUGGCCAGUUAUGCUGGAAACUUGCAGCUAGUACUAGAGUUACUGCUGCGCCGCCCAUAUCAGGACUUUAAUUUAUCCUCGCUAAUACCAGCAGUUUGUGUGGCAGCCAUGCGACAGCACAAAGUUUUGGUGGAAUAUUUUAUGACCAUAGAUCCUAUAGGAACACCAAAUUUACGAACUGUGCAUGGCCUUGGAAUAAAUGAAUUGAGUCAGAUAUUAAAACCAAGGAAUUUUCUGCAGAACAAAUUAGUAAAUAAAUAUCAUUAAGUGUGUGUAAC